GGAUGCCACACUCUGGUUAGUUUAGAGGGCCCGCUUAUCGUAGCCUCACCAACGCUUUCUCUUUCAAAUCGAAGCCUACAUUUGGUCUUACGGAAUUCCCCUUCUGCCUAUAUCUCAUCGAUAGAGGCGACCUGUAUCUCAUUUGCACGGCGUUUUCUACCGUAAAGACGUUCUCCAUCACUGAAAUGUUGAGAUUAUUGGUUUUAGCUUUUUUCGCUGGGUGUACCCAGGCCAGCGACGUCCUAGAAUUCACAGAUGACGAUUUCGAAAGCAGGAUCGGAAACCAUGAUAUGAUUCUUGUAGAGUUUUUCGCCCCUUGGUGUGGCCAUUGUAAACGACUUGCACCUGAGUUUGAAGUAGCAGCCACUCGCCUUAAGGGCAUUGUCGCAUUGGCCAAGGUUGACUGCACAUCAAGCAACACUGUCUGUAGCAAGUAUGGAGUCAGUGGGUACCCGACUCUCAAGAUCUUCAGGGAUGGGGAGGACGCUGGUGGCUAUGAUGGUCCCAGAACCGCAGACGGCAUCGUUAGCCACCUGAAGAAACAGGCGGGUCCGGCCUCUGUGGCGCUCCAGACUCAGGCCGAGUUUGACAAGCUGCUGUCAGGCAAAGACGCAUGUGUUGUAGGGUUCUUCGCUGAUGGUGGAAGUGCAGCCCAGGCAGAGUUCCUCAAGGCAGCCAGUGCACUGAGGGAGUCGUACCGCUUCGCCCACACCAACUCUGAGGAACUCUUGCAGCAGCAGGGUGUCGAGGCAGACGGAGUGGUCCUCUUCAGACCCACGGUGCUCAAGAACAAGUUUGAGGAGAGCACCGUGGCGUACAGCGAGGACGCCUUCACCAGCAGCAAGAUCAAGAAGUUCAUCCAGGACAACAUCUUUGGAAUGUGCCCGUACAUGACCGAAGACAACAAGGACCAGCUGAAGGGGAAGGAUCUGUUGGUGGCCUACUACGAUGUGGACUAUGAAAAGAACCCCAAGGGUUCCAACUACUGGAGGAACAGGGUUAUGAAGGUGGCCAAGAGUUUCCUGGAUCAGGGAAAGUCGCUGAACUUUGCGGUGGCCAGCAAGAACGUCUUCAGCCAGGACAUCGCUGAGAUGGGUCUGGACGCCAGCACCGGGGAGCUGCCCGUCGUCAGCAUACGCACCGGCAAGGGAGACAAAUACGUCAUGACCGAGGAGUUCACACGUGACGGAAAAGCCCUCGAGCGCUUCCUGCAAGACUACUUUGAUGGCAAUCUCAAGCGCUACCUCAAGUCUGAGCCAAUCCCAGAGAACAACGACGGCCCAGUGAAGGUUCUUGUUGCCGAGAACUUCGACGCCAUUGUCAAUGACGAGACCAAGGAUGUUCUGAUUGAGUUCUACGCUCCAUGGUGCGGCCACUGCAAGAGCCUGGAGCCCAAGUACAAGGAACUGGGAGAGAAGCUGGCCAAUGAUCCCCAUGUGGUAAUCGCCAAGAUGGAUGCCACAGCCAAUGAUGUUCCCUCCCAGUAUGACGUCAGAGGAUUCCCCACAUUAUUCUUUGUGCCGGCCGGAGAGAAACAGAACCCAAGGAAAUAUGAGGGAGGACGAGAGGUGAGCGAUUUCCUGGCCUACCUGAAGAAGGAGGCCACCAAUCCCCUAGUGACAGCAGAGGAGCCCAAGAAGAAGAAGAGCACUGAGCUAUAAACCUCCAUCAGAAUGGAAACCCCCCCCCCCCAGAACCCCGUGGUCCGUUGUGAGGAGCCGAGGAAGUCCUUAAGGAAGAACUUAAUUAUAUUCCAGUUUUGUAGUGAACUACAGAAUGCUCUAAAAGCCAAGUCAGAAUGCCUCGCCAAACUUCCCUUUUUUUGGGGGUCUUUGGAUGCUAUUGGAAAUACUGUGGUAGGUUGAGAAGAAUGUGUGGCCCGGGCCUGUCUGUUCCAAAGUCAAACAACAAAUUAGUUUUAAACAGGGACAGUUGGCAGCAAAUUUGAGUUUUUAUGUUUGGUUUCCCCCCCAGUCUGUCUACUACACCUCUGAAUGCUGCACUUUGGUUAAACGUCGUUCCACUCAUUUAUCUCUUUUUAGCUUUUUGUUGUCAUCUUCUUGACAAGGGGUAUUGGUAAUGGUGAUUUGAUGUUUAUUUUGUACUAAGUCUUUGUUUUUGUACAUUGGAAGGAUUAUGGAAAUAAAAGGCCCACAAAACUCGAAAGAAUGUUGGGUUAAUUGGAAUAAU